AAAAUGUGUUCACUACAGCUUUGAUCAAUUGGUGCAAUUGGUGCAAUGGGUGCAAGAGCUUGGGGAUUGAGCUUUCUUCUAUUUGGUUUCAUUUCCUUUUCAGUCUUUCUCUAUGCUGCUGUCAUAUCCAAAUUUCUUCCACCAUCUGAGAAUCCCAUCUUAGCAUCCAUUCAAAAAGAUAGAUACUACAGUUUGCUAGUGCCAUUGACCCUUCCUGUUCUUGUAAUUUCUGUAUACUUUCACUGGCUUAGCAUGAAACUCUUCAAGCAUGCCUGAAGCCUACUUUCUCAGAUUGGAAAAUGGAGCCCUACAUACGUGAUAUUUUAUGGGUUGCUCUAAUUGUGGCUAAGGAAAGAUGCGUGUACAUACAUUAGUGUGAUUUUGGUGAGUGUUUGUAACUAAGGUUUUGAAUUCAACAUGCCUAGCAAAUAGCUAGCAUUUUUAUGAGUAGAUGGUCUUAUUAGGGGGUGUAAAAAACUUAUCAUAUUUAUUUCUUUUGUAGAAACUGCUGUAACCAUUUUAGUUCUCAGAAUUCAACCCGCUUAUGCUAUGCUACUUUUUACUCCAAAGCUUUUGCAAAAAGCUUCAUCUACAACCCCCAAACCCUUCUGUCUUGCAAUCCACUUGCUUCUCCAAAGUACCUCCACAAAACAUGAAAAGCAAAAUCAACAAUGGUUUGGUUUGAUUCGUUGCAUUGCUGGUCCAGCAUCAAGCCCGAGCUUGUCUAUAUGGAGGCGGAAGAAGGAGAUUGGCAAAGAGGGGCUUAUUGCAGCCAAAGAACUCAAGCGACUUCAAUCUGACCCAAUUCGUCUUGGCCGAUUCAUUCGCUCGCAUGUGUCUCGCUUGCUCAAGGCUGAUCUUGUAUCAGUUCUUGCUGAGUUCCAAAGGCAAGAUCAAGUAUUCCUUUGUAUGAAGUUAUAUGAUGUAGUACGGAAAGAAAUAUGGUACCGGCCAGACAUGUUCUUUUACAGGGACAUGCUUGUGAUGCUAGCUAGAAACAAAAAGGUGGAAGAAGCAAAGAGGGUUUGGGAAGACCUAAGGAGAGAGGAAGUUUGGUUCGAUCAGCAUACUUUUGGAGAUAUCAUAAGAGCUUUCUUAGAUGGCGGACUUCCCUCAGAGGCAAUGGACAUUUAUGAAGAAAUGAGACAAUCCCCUGAUCCCCCGUUAUCUUUGCCUUUUCGAGUAAUCCUGAAAGGACUCAUUCCAUAUCCAGAAUUGAGAGAGAAGGUUAAAGAUGAUUUUUUGGAGCUUUUCCCUGGUAUUGUCGUCUAUGACGCCCCUGAAGACUUGUUUGAAGAUCAAGGAUUGAGAUCAGAGAGUGAAAGUGAGUAGGGUUUUAUUUAGGGCUUCUUUGAGAAAAUAUUGAAGAUGAGGUGUUCCCUAAAGCUUUGAGAGUUUAAUGCCUUUGGAAUAUUGGGAGCUUGUUUUAUGAUAGAUUAUGUUGUAGAAGCUCAGAAUGGAAGGGACUAUUGCCACUAGUCCGUUUGCAAUGAAUAGUUCGGAAUAAAUAUCUAAUUCGUCAAAUAGUAUAAAUCUAUAAGAAUGCAUUACCAAGGGAAGGUUAUAUUUUUGUGUAUGUAUAUGAACUAUUUGGUUAAGUGAUCUACUUUUGUCUCUU